AUGUCUUUCUCCAAGAUUUUUAUUGCCUUCGCAGGUAUCAUAGCUGUCGCUUCGAGUAACCCUCUUGUUGCUAGAGCAUCAACUGCUUGCUCAACAUCUAGUGGGCCCGGCUUCUGUCAGAGCACUUCGAGCUCCUGCUCGGGUGGAAAGUACAUUGCUGGUGCUUGCCCAGGAGGGGUCGAUAAUCAAUGUUGCGUAGCAACAUGUUCCAGCGGAAAGGGUACAUGUCAAGCGACAUCCAUCGCCUGCUCUGGAGGUUCUUUCAGUAGCGGUCUUUGUCCCGGACCGGCUGAUAUCCAGUGCUGCAUCAAGAGUGGCGGUGGUACUACUCCACCAUCUACCGGUGCUGGUUCUGUAGGCUUCGAUAUAUCUCAACUCGGCACCUCAGCAUUCUUCGAGUGCGCCAAGAAAACCAAAGACGUAGUCGCUAUCCGGGGAUAUCAGCAAGCUUGCGGAACCGGCGGUCAAGUAGACAAGAACUUCGUGGCCUCCUACAAGAACGCCAAAGCCGGCGGUUUCACCCGCAUCGACUCCUACAUCUUCCCCUGCACCGGUACACCCACCGGCUCCGAGCCCAACUGCAAGAGCGUUGACACCCAGAUGGCCGAAUACCUCAAAGUAAUAUCCGACAACAACAUGGACAUCCACACUCUCUGGCUCGAUAUCGAGCCCACAUCCGUCUCCAAUUCUCCCUGCAAUGCCUGGAAUCUCGGUGCUGCAGUCAAUGAAAAGCUUGCUAAGCAAUGGGUUGCAGCAAUGAAAGCCACAGGAUUAAAAUGGGGAAUAUAUGCAAAUGGUAACCAAUGGAGCGGCAUGUUUGCCAGUAGGAGUACAGACGUUGGAAGUGAUUUGCCUUUGUGGGCUGUGCAAGAGGAUUACAAAGAGGGUGUAAAUACAGUGACUACCUUUAUGGGGGGUUGGACAAAGGCGGUUGCUAAGCAGUACAGUCUUGAUACUACCUUAUGUGGUCUCGGUGUGGACUUGGACUCCUUUGUGUGA